AUGGCGGGUUUUCGAGAUCGCGAGCAACAGUAUUUUCCUCUUCAAGACAGCGAAGCUGUCAUCCGUUUAUUCAAAUACCAGCUCGAAAAUACCGAUGACCCUAACUUGGCACUGCUGUCAAUAAUCGUAGGAUGUAUCGAAAAUACGUUGACAGUCAAUCGCGCCUUCCCACAAGACGUUGACAGCUCGAAAAGUUUGGAACCGAUUUUCCCGGUCAUAGAAAUUGUGACAGUGGAGGCUCUUUACUCAAAAUUCGUGAGUCAAAUCAAAGGGGCGGUGGAUCUUACGCGUUACAAGAGUGGUUACGCAACAAGAGAGCUAGUGAAAAGGGUGUCUGAUGUUAUCUGGAGCAACUUAACGCGGAGUUAUUACAAGGACAAGGCCCAUUUACAGUCGCUUUACAGUUAUUUGACUGGUAACAAACUUGAUUGUUUUGGCGUAGCGUUCGGUGUAGUAGCAGCUUGCCAGGUGCUGGGGUUCAAUGACGUUCAUUUGGCGUUGUCAGAGGACCAUGCGUGGGUUAUCUUCGGCAAGAAUGGAGAGGAUACAGCUGAGGUCACAUGGCAUGGGAAAGGUAAUGAAGACAAGCGAGGACAGCCUGUCAGCUGUGGAGUUGACGAAAGACGAUGGUUAUACCUGAAUAGCUACCCCGUCAAAUGUACCCGCUACAUGGAGGUAGCAUCAAUGGUAUCUGGGAUCAACCCUUCAAUCAAUGCCAGUAUGGAUAGCGUCGAGAUGGCGAGUCUUCAGCAGGAACUACUGUGGCUACUCUAUGACAAGAAUCAUCUAAAACUGUAUCCAAUGGCCCUCGGCAACCUGGGCGACCUCGAAGAGAUUAUCGCUACACCCGGACGUCCUCCACCGGCCACGUUGUUCAAGGAGGCAGUGGAUACAGCCAAGGCAGUCUAUAGCAACCGGCACGUGUACCCGUACACGUACUUUGGGAGUUAUUUAUACAGGAAAGGCCUGUAUAGGGAUGCAUUGAAGUUUUGGGCGGAGGCAUCGUCAGUUAUUAGUGGUUAUAACUACAAUCGUGAGGAUGAAGAAAUCUACAAAGAAUUCCUCGAGAUUGCAAACGAACUCAUACCACAUGUUGUCAAACUCAUGUCAAACGAUGGGGUGCAGUUUAAGCCGUGCUUGGAGCGUGUGCCGUUUCUGCAAGAUCCCGAGUGCUACGCCCUUCUCUUGCGGUUCUAUGAUGGUAUAUGCGAGUGGGAGGAAGGCAGCUCGACGCCGGUGUUACAUAUUGGAUGGGCGAAGCAGUUUGCGUAUUCUCUAUCGAAGUUUGAUCCGAAGGUGCGGUCGCGUAUUGUGAUUGAGUGUGAAGGCGGGGUAGAGGAAGACAGUGAUAGCGAGACAGAGGAGGACGAACCGGUGCAAAAACUGACCAACGGUAAGAACGGUAAAAAGCACGGUCUCGACCAUACUGACGGUAACGGUCUGAAUGGCGGCGGGGACGACGAUCAUAUCAAUCCUACUAUACAGGAGUUAGAAUCCAAAGUGGGUACAGAAUCUCAGAACGAGGCAAGGAACCCAAACAUUGUCGCCCUGGCACAGGCGUGCGGGGAGUCGAUUCUCAAUCCAGAAUACUUGUUAGGUAGUGGCGAGCCUUUCACAUCGGUGCCAAAAACAGUGGCAGUCGAUAUAUCUGAGCUUCUGAGUUCAAAAGCCAAUGGGAGCCCGUUCCCUGGCAUGACAAUGGACUCUAUGCUGAAAGCUGACAGCCCGGCUGAUAUGGCACUAUGCCGCCAUUCCCUUGGACAAUCGGAUUUCGUCGAAAUUGACAUCAGCAAGUUGGAAAUUCAAAAAGUCGUGUUCAAGAGUCAGAAAAUGAAGGGUUUGCGGAAGCUGUUGACGUCGUCGGCCAAGUUCAACUCAAGUGCAAUCAAGCUGCAACUUACCGCGCAAAGCCAGGUCAGCGUCAAGCAUUCAAUCCACAGCAAGCGAAGCUCAGAAUCUUACGACUAUGCCGGUAUACGCAAACGCAUGCGCCGCGAGUCCAAAGACUGAUGAGAGGGGGCGCACCAUUUAGCAGACGGUGUCGUCUGGUGUCGUUUAUAAGGCAGCAGGUGUGUUGAGAUUUGUGAUACCCACGCAUGUUAUGGAGAGGGAAUUUAACCUUGGGGAGGCGGGGAAUGGAUGCCUUGAGAAUUGUUUCCUAGGUAUUCGGCGUGAUGGGGUUAUUCUUGUUGACGUUGGCACUACAUGGAGAGGGGCAAUGGGGAUGCAGGGUCUGUCGCUGUUCCUAAUAUUGUCAAGUUAUUCAUACUCUUUUAGUGAUAUUUAAUUCCGAUAUUUUCAAAAUUCAGAAGUUUUUUGUGUAGGGAUAUUAGUUUUGAAUUGAAUUAGACAGCACAUGAGUUAGCCUUGACACCCCCUUUACCUUGAUUGAAUUUUUUCCUCUUCUGUGGAAAGUUUUAGUCAUUCCAAAGAUAGUUUAGUACCCGAAAUACUCACCAGAUGAAAGGACGAAAUGAGUGAAUCACUCAUGCCUGCCAAUUUGGAACAAUGUGUUAUCCACUUUGUCUGUAGUUCAGAUGAAAAAGGAAGAAAGGUGAUGGUUCAAGAAAAGUUCAAAAAUGGUGGGCAUGACUCAUUAUGUGCUGUCAUCUAGUGAUUUGAUCAGGUACCAGGCUAUUCCAAACAUUACAUAGCUGUCUACUUGUACUCGCUCAUCUUUUGUUGACGGCGUUGGCCAUGCAUUUGUUUUCUACAGGUACAUACUUAUUGACAAUUCUGAUCUCAGACUUGGUGAAAAAAGCGGGAAGGUGUUUAAACUGAAUGACGUUGCUUUCAGUGUCGUGCUUGCAAAAUCAUAUCGCCUUUAGUUUGCUUCGUGGGCCCUUGUACCUGAGUGUCUAUACCAGGGUGAGUAAAAGAUCCCACAUCGGCGGACACUAGCCAAGAGUGAAGUCCAUACCUAUAGGGUUACGUCGCCGGUAAUGAGAUUACCCCAUAAAACAAAGGGUAUUUUCAUUUGUGUAAUCAUGUUUGUUAGAUAUUAUUAGGGCUAGUUUAGUUGGUCCCAACUUUUUAUAUCCAGAUACAUGUAUAGUAUCAUAGCUUUUUGAAGAACUUUUCAAAUGGCUACUUUUCAAAGCUGGGGGCUGCUACAACAGACGUGACCAGUGUAAUGACAUUUAGUUCUGAUCAGUAGGAUUACAUGUAGUUUUGACCAGUGUGGUUACAUGUAGUCCCGACCAGUAGGAUUACACGUAGUCUGCCCAGUAGGAUUACAUGUAGUCCUGACCAGUCUGAUUACAUAUAGUCCGGACCAGUAGGAUUACACGUAGUCUGACCAGUGAGAUUACAUGUAGUCCGGCCCAGUAGGAUUACAUGUAGUCUGUCCAGUAGGAUUACACAUAGUCUGCCCAGUAGGAUUACAUGUAGUCCUGUCCAGUCUGAUUACAUAUAGUCCGGACUAGGAGGAUUACAUGUAGUCUGCCCAGUGGGAUUACAUGUAGUUCUAUUUCAAGGACGGUAGCCAGCUUUUUUGUGUUCAGUCUUUAUCGGAAUGAAAAUUCAUCAUUACCAUUGUGUAUUUGUUUGCUGUCGAAUUGUUUGAUGUAUGUUUCAUAAGGACAAUCUUUUAAAGUGUCCUCGUGCUUGGUCCAGAUAUUCUAAAAAGUGAAGGGAAAUUUCUCUUUGUGUUUACUUAAUUCACUUUUAGGCGGUUUAUGAUUAUAAUUUUUCAUUUUGAUUUCUGAAUUUUUGCCAUAUUGCAUUUUACCUUGAAAUUCUAACAUGUCUAAUGCUGACCAUUAUUUGAGCUAAUUUAUCGAAAUUGUGUUUUAAUUUCUAUCACUGAUGAUCCUUUUAAAAGGGAAGUUCUUAAAGAACAAUUUGUACAUUUCUUAACACAUGAAUUUCGCUCUUUCUCAGUACCAGUGUUCAGUUACGUUAUUACGCAUAGUUUUAGCCCGCUUAAGAUAUCUUUGGCAACGUUUGAGAGGAUGCCAGUGUGGUGUUCAGUCGGUAAAUCAUCCUACCAGCAAUACUCCUUUGAGGCUUUUGAAUCAAAAAACUGUCGGCAGAGGUCAGAACAAAAUGUCCAGAUUUUGCAUCCAUUUACGCUUGAGCAUUGAUAAGUAAACUUAUAAGUAACCAGGGCAUACUUUCAUACGCUUACGUAACCAGGUAAAAAAAUUGGAAAUUUUUCUUUCAAACUUCUGCCAACCGGUGCUGUUUCAAAGUCCUCAUAGGAGUAAUGUGUUAGAUAAUCGUUACGUUUCUUAUUUGAUGUGCUUUUACGUUUUAUCAGAUUUCUGCAGUGAAAAUUGUGCUUUUGUACGGAUGAUGCAACAUGUCCUAAUCAAAAUCACCGAAUGUAACCGUUAGAAAAAUGUCAUAUGUCGAAAACAAUAGACAAAUCAUGUUCAAAUUAUAAAACGUUUAACAAUUAAUUGUAGUAUAUAGCCUUUAAUGGGGUACGCCAUUUGUAAUUACUGGUCACAGCUGUCUGGGAAAAUAGAAAUGCAGUUAUACACAAUGUCGUAGUGCAGUUAUUAUGCAAAUGAAUUUGCUGAAACUUGGUAUUUAUAGAAUUUAUAUAUCUCUGUCCACACCAAAGCAAUGCUGAAAUUUAUGUCCAUUAAGUAUAUAUAGCAAUUGGAAAAUUUCAAAUUCAAUAACAAAUUUUAAAUCUUUAAUGAAUGGCAUAGACCUUUAACAGAACAUAAGUUACCCGGUAUUAUACAUGAUGGAGAAGUAUUCUGUUGACGUGUUCAUUUGGGUUCUGCUUUUAAGAAAAUAGCAAAGGUUAACCCACUGGUAACGUGUUUCGAUCAAUAACGGCACGCUUGGUAACGGUAAAAAAACAGUUACUUUUAGAACACAAUCAAUGCAUAUUGUGUAUUGUUGACAGCAUACAUGCUUUUGUCGACAUAACAACAAGCUCCAUCGAUGCUCUGUUACCAUGUUAAUCAAAACUCUGACAUAUUGCAGCCGUCUGGGAGGGAAUGGGUGACAUAAUAUUGGCUAUGUUGAUUGAAAGCGGUGUUUUCUUCGUCAGAUAUUGGAGAUUGGAUGAAAUAAUCAAGGUGUAAUUCCACUUUCCGUUUCUUUAUGUUUAUCCUGCCUGAUUCUUAGUCUUUUAUACCACCUCGUACUUAACCAACAUCAGACUGAUGCAGUAGCAGAUGCAGAAAUUUGUCAAACAGGGGCCCUAACCAGAGUACCAAAUAUGAGAUUUGGAAAUGAGGGAUAAUAAAACUUAAAAGAGGUUCAACCCUAGGAGCUCCCGACCAUGACAACAGCUCACACACUACCCCAACAUCAGUAAAUCUCAUGAUUUGUUAAAUUUCCACUUCGUUAGCGUCCGCUAUCACUUAGCGGCUAUUUGACACCCAGGUCUGCUAGCGUUGACUUGCAUCACAAGAUCUCUUUAUACCCGGCAACAAGUGUACGUUCCUUGUUUAUUGAUUUCUUCACCAUGACGCGUUGCGCUAUCAGACCGCUCGGUAUUCGUUAUUUUCUGGAUGACUAAUCCUUAGAAGCCUCGUUAUUGUCUGGUCACGAUAGCUUGGGGUUGAAAAAAAGCUCCCAUUUUCAGUAAAAUGACUUUUUUCGAAAAAAGGUGUAUGGUAUAGCUUUUCUUUAACCAUGAUGUGUCAUAGCAGCAUGAAAUCAGUUUCUAUCGUGUGGGAGGCUGUCGAUACAAUAGCACGGUUAAAUUAAAUUAAAAAUUAAGGACGGCACUUGUUAGUCCCAAGGGUGUCCUUAAUAGAGAGGUUCUACUGUAGUUUGUUUCAAGAGCCCCCAAAUGAUGUGGCUAUUAAACAUUUACCGUGGACUUAAGUUCCACUGCAGCAGGUAGAACCCCAGAUCAUUACAGAGUUGUUGGCACUCGUGAGCCUGGUGCGUCUAGAUCACAGAUACAUUAUUUCUCUCCGACUGAUUCUUCGCUGACUUCCUGCAUCUGUCUGUGAAUUAGAAAUCUAAUUGUGAGUACUCUAUAUUGAUUUUUACGCAUCUCCUACGUAAAUAUAGAUGGAAAUUGGUGUGUUUUGAUUGCUCACAAUCUGUGUGCAAAUGAAUCGCUGUGUCAGCAGGUUGAUUGUUUUUAACCCUUUGCACUUCGGGGACAUUUUCAAGUGUGUUUCAGAUGUGAUGGUAUCCAAGUCACUCUAGCUGAAGGGAUUUCAGACAGAUGCGCGGGUGCACCAUUUUGAACCAAUGUUAAUAUAUCAAAUGAUGAACAAUCAAAAUCUUGUGAAAAAAAAUUUAAAAAGUAGUAUUUUUUUAGAAAGAAUUGAGAAACUUAGACAUGCUCGAAUUGUUCCAGACAUCAUUAUCUAUGAUUCAGUGGUUUAGUACAUUUGGCUGGUUUCUAUCUAUUUGUCAUGACCGACAGUGAUUCAGGAAGCUUCCACGUGAAUCAUCAGAUUUUCCACGAAAAACCCAAACAGUGUCAGACUUUCCUGGUUGUGUUAAAGGAAAAUGCCUUUGGUUGAAAAUUUGAAUUUGUAAUUGAAUUGGAAAAUUCCGAUUGCGUAAUACUUACUGAAUAAAAAGUUUUAAUUUGCCAUUGUGUAGACAGAUACAUACCAAGUUUGAGCAAAUUAGCAUGCAAGAUAACUGCCCUACAGCAUUGUGUACAACUGCAUUUCUAUUUUCCUGGAUCAAAAUUGAAUAUAAAUGGUGUGUCCCUUUGAUGAUUUCUAUGAAUGGUACAUGUACUUCAACAUCCUGGUGAAACCAGCAUUGUUCUAAAAUUACAUGUCAUUAUUAGAUAUAUAGAAUUCAAAUGUGGCUCUUCCUUUCCGGCUAGAUAUGGAUUAUUAAGUGCGAUGAUAAAGGUUAUCUCAUUUAGACUCGCGGUACAUUUUCAAAACAGCUUAACACUUACGCUGCUGCAGCCAUUUUUCGGCCAGCGCCUUUGGGUGUCCCGUGGAUCGCAUCCCCCCCCAAUGGACAUGCACUGUCAUACCCCCUCUGUAAUCACCCUACAAGUGACAUUGCCACCCGGAUCUCAGACCAUGUCACAUCUAUUUAUUCCACCAGUUGCCAUGGAAACCGUCUAAACUGACAAACACCUCAAUAAAAAAUAUCUUGUGGGCCCCUUGCACCAAAGCACUUCUCAUCUAGUCUGUAUUACUUCUAUUUUAUCAAAUUUGUUAUGUAUGGUUUCAUCUUUUUUUCUGACUUGUCAAGACAUGUUGCUUCUCUGUGUUAAAACAUCACAUUGACUACUCAGUUGUUUCAAGAAAAAUACAAAAUGCUAUAAGUCUAAACUUCGCAAUCUUUGAAAUGGUUUUGGUUUAAAGUCUCCUAAAAUAUUUUGAAAUGUGCAUUUUUAGAUAAAAUCUUAUUUAUAAUGCGUCGAACAUCAAAACAUCAAACUGGGACGAGAGAAAGGAUGAAUUUUUGCCACCUUUGUUGUUCCAGUUGUACCUAAUGGAUUAUUGCACCUUGUUUGGAGCAUUUGGCGCCUAUUCCUGACCUUUAAAGGUCAAACGAGUCAAAUCGUUUUUGAACAAGUGCGUUUGUAAGUUCUCCCCAGUUGUAAUACAUAGAUGACAAAGGUCUAACCACAGAUCGAUUCCGAGUGCUUUUGAUAAUGUGCUUUUGCAAAUGUGUUCAGCUGCAAAUAGAUUGUUUUGAAAAUUGCUUCAUGCGCAAAGGUACAAGAUUGCUUUCCGUUCAAAAUAUGUGAUCGAAAAUUAACCUACUUACACAUUUGGGGGAAAUUUUACACAUUGCAAAGCCUGUUUACACUUUGUUUGGGCUAUUUUACACUUUAACAGUGCUGCAGCAAAUUAUUUGCAUCUUGGCCACAGUAGACCGAUCUACCUUUAAUUACGUCAAAUUAUUUGUAUCUAAGCUACAGUAGGCCAUUCUAGCUUUAACUGUCUCCAAGAUAUGCGGUGCUCCCGCCCAUGUGCUUUAGUACAUUCCUGAUUCGAUGUAUAAAAUGUAAAUAACGUUAAUUAUUCACUUUCUUGGCUGCGUUGGGAUAAAUUUCGACUGUAUCUGUGUUAUGUUUGUCAUGUUUAGACUUGUUUCAUUCAAAAUGGAUCAAAUAGUCUUCAAAUUACAUUCUGACUAGGGUUAUGAGAAAAAGGCAAUUUUUGGUCAGUUUUUUUGCAACACCCUAUAAUCGUCAAUUUUUGAAGAGUGUAUGAUCAGGUUUGCCUGAAACAGACCGACUUAUGUGCUGUUAUGUAUAGCGUAAUAUUGGUGCAAAAGUUGUUACAUCAUUAUUUAUAACUGAGAUACGCCUCGCCUUGCUUCAACAGGGUCCGGGCGAAUAGCCUACAUAAGUCUUCUUAGCCCUAAUCCCAGACUCAUGAUAUAAAAUGUCCUCAAGGCUAUUUUUACUGGACUAUCAAUAGGUGUUUUGCUCACUGCAUCAAAAGAUAGACUCGUCUAGGGCAUUUCUGACUCGACAGAAAAAUAUGAGUGUGGGCUUCGAUGCGUACUGGCCUGGAUAUCUGAUUUGAGGUCUCAUCUCAUAGGACUGGACUUUCUAGUUUGUAAUGUUUGUCAGUUCUUAGAUAACAGGAUAACUCCCCUGUGUUUUCUCUGUUCCCCACUGUCUUGAAAAUAUGAAAAGUAAGGUAAAGUGAUACAAUUAUAGCUCGGGUACAAGUUUAGCCUCUGCAGUGUAGAAAACAGCUGGUCAGAUAGGCUUUGUGAUUGUACUGGGGCUAUUAUUCAUGAAAAGCCUAGGGGGAAGGGGAGUUCUUAGGCGUGUAACUGAUUUCUUCAGUUAUGAAAAGUGUCCGAUCCUAAACAUCAGGGAAGAAGGGUGGGGAGGGGGGGGGGGGCAAGGAUGAAACAGUACCUGUUGAAUAAAUGCCAAGUGUAUCUCAUUAUUGUAGAAAUGUAUAACCGUAAAUCAUGUGGUCAGUUCCUGUGUGUUGUCCUCUGCUGUGUACUAGACAUUUUCUCGAAUCCGGCCAUCUUGUUUCAAAUGUUACAUAUCAUGUGGAAAUCAAUGUCAAAAUACUGUAGUCUUCAUAUUGUAUCAUAAAUUACAUGAAGUGUAUUUCUUCUAUUGUGACGGGUGUUUAAACAAUGUUACACAAGUUAUCACGGUGCCCUGUGUAUGCAUGUAUCCGUAAACAUUAACAACUUACUUUCAAACUUAUAAAAUUGAAACUGCGUACAAUUUGUUUGUGUACCUGCCACCAGGUGGCAGCUGGUACAGGUUGAGGCCGUCAUUUCAUGGAACUACCAUUGUUAUAAUUGAUCACUGCCAUAUAUGCAAGAACUGGAGGGGCGUUGUCUUCUCGCAAAUUAUCAUUAUCAUAUUUAUCGAAAACGUAUUACUUCAAGUAUGUCGUUUUUUGAAUUUAUCCAUAUGGUGUGCUUAUUAUCAAACUAUGCUCUGUCCCAAGUCAUCUUUGGAGGAGGGCAGUCAUACUGGUGUUGUUGAUCCUUGCAUGUAUGAAGAUGCCCUAGGCCGUGCACCAAUUCCUAGAAGCGAUCAAGUCCAUUUCGAUUCCCUAAAUCCAGGUACAUGUAUUACUUCAAAGGGAAAGUCAAUUGGCCUUGUUCAGAGUGCAGAGGUUCUUGGGAUUAAUCACAAUCGGUGUAAUUUCAGUGUUGGGGAAAAAAUUUCGAUCAUCUUUUCCCGACACCACUGCCAUAAUACAGUUGUGGCUGGAUUAUGUGAAUUAUGGUCUUCGUCUGUUAGUGUUAAUGUUUUAUCAAAUGUUGUCUCUUAUGAAAUUGUCUGUACAGAAUUCAUGACCAUUUUUCGUUUUGAAGGUGGUUUCUUAUGGGAUCAAAACAGCUGUUUUAAAUCUGAUGUUUUAAAAUUUAAGUAAUGAAUUAAUGAUACACUUUUCAUUUUGGAUGCAAUUCAGAUGUCGAGAUGACAUAAUAUUUUGAGUAUAUGUAUAUGCCUCUAGCUGACGUUUUAGUUGGCAAGUCUGAUGAAAUCCAUAGCCAAAAUUUGGAAUUUGCACUAAUGAAACAGUUUCUCACAUUUUAUUCCUAAUGACAAAUUUUUCAACCUGACAAAAGUUUUAUGAGCAGUGUAAUUUCCCACACUGGUAAAUGAGGUGGUUGCACAAGCACAUUGAAUGGAAUGAUUUCGUUGUAAAUGAUAAGGAAUGAUUGCUCUUCCCCGAAUAGUGUUUCUAUGAAAUUUACUGUGUUGGCUGUUUCAUUUUUGUUCAUGUUGAGAUGGUUUGUGCUUUGAUGCAUGCUGCUAAUCCAAAUUCUUAGAAAAUCACAGAUGACCAUGUUAGAGGAUGGUCAUGUAUGGUUUCUUUCUUCUCUUGAACUGUAAAAGCUUUGACAGGAAGUGCUGCACUUUGAUAUUAAUCUCGCUUUUCACUGUAUAUAUUCGUAUAAUAUAAUGCCCUCAUCUAAACUGUUACACUAUGCGCAGUAGCAUUUGAGCAUUUGAGUCUUGACACAGCACCACUGGUCUGCCUAGUAAAAACACAGCUUGACUCGUCGUGUGUUAGUAUUGAAGUAGAAUGCAAUGGGCUACAGUUUAGUGCUAAUUGUGUUAGUGACAACUUCUGUGGGCCAUCGUCCUUUGAAACAUGUCAAAUAUAACACAUUGUAAUCACAAAGAGUUGUAAAAAUAUUCUUCUGCUUCCUGCUUCUAGCACUGUAUUUUCUGUUUCCUGCUUCUAGCACCAUUAUUUUCUGCUUCCUGCUUCUAGCACCAUAUAUUCCUCUAUAUAGCUCUUAACUUAAUACAGAAUUAGCCCGGUGAAACAACUGUAACCUCGUCUGAUGAAUGUCUUAACUGUGUUUGCAUAUACCAGGAAGUGUUGUUGGGGAUUUGUUCAGGUUUUUGUGUCGUCUGCCCACCGAGUGUUGGACUGUUAAUGGCAGUUAACCAAUCCGUCGCACAAUAUUGAAAAAAGAGUGAAAUCAAAUGAAAACGACAAUUGGGCAAUGGGGUUGAAAUGUCGGUACCGUUUGGUCUUUGAGCUUUGUAUCCAGCAUAGACAAGGACAGAUAUUUGUGAAAGUAUUGUCAGGAUGUCUUCGUAGACAAAAAGGGAAUCGCCUUCUCGUAUCUGGGUCCCUUAUGACAGGAAUUUGUAAACUGGGUUAUACGCAUCGGUGACGGUCCCCGCUCCGACGAUCUGCUUGAUAGAUGUAUGCAUUUGACCAUGUCUUUACUCGGGGUGGGACAGGUUCCACUACAAAUGCUGUGAUGCCCUAAUCAUAAGGAGUUUUGGGGGGGAAACAUGGUGCGGGGCUUAAGAAUUGUGUUUUGUGUGCUUACUUGACCGAGGAAGUUGAAAUGUACAAGGGUUGUGGGUUUGUUAAAAAAAAGCUGCUGGGUCGUAUAUGAGUUUUGCUCAAAGGAGUAAUCUCUAUUUUGAAUUUCCGGUCUUUGGUGGGGAACAUUUUUGUUGUCAAAAGUGAUAAAACGUAAAACUGAUGUGCUAAAAAACUUCUAAAAAGCUCAAACAUUUCAUGUAGGUGCUGGCAUGGAGAGGGAGGGUCUAGUUCUAUGAAGUGAUGGCACUCGUGUGAUGUAGAAUUUUAAAUUCUCAAACAUUUAAAAAGCUGGUGUAUGCAUUGCAGUCUUUUAACUUAUUGUUCAAACCGUGCGUAAGGUUCCUAAACAUACAUGACAAAUCUUUGUGUGCAUUUUAUAAAAUGUCGAGUUUUUAUUCCUUUCUGGCCAGUGUAUGUAUAUAAACCUGUAGACUGUACAGCUAGAAUUCUCUGUGUUGUAUAUUUGGUCCUUAUUUCAUGUUGAGUACAUACAUGUAUCGAAUUUUGCAUCUGUAUCCAUCAAAUUUGCACUACAAGGGGCCAAGUUGAUGUAUUUUCAAGAGUGGUGUAGUUACAAGAAAAGAACCGUUUAUUUCAGUACGGUUGUACACUGUAGCGGGCAGCGGUGCUUUUGCGUGGCAUUCAAACGUUUACAAAAGCAAUCCCGCUCUAUAUUGGAAAUGGCAAACUGCCAGCUUGCAACACAAGAUUUGCCAAACCAUUUGGUAGAAAGAGGAGUUGCAUCAACCUGAAAUUUUCAAUGUCGUAUAGUGCCGUGUGAAAAGGUUGAAGCUAAAAUGAUAUAAAAGGUGGUUUACCUGUUGUACAAUUUGUAAUGUUGAAAAAAUCUCACUAUUCAAUCUGAGUGGUUGGCAAAACUCAUUGUAUCAUUCCUUACAGUCCAAAUUACAACUGUCAUCCCGUAAAUCGCGUCAUUGAUGCACUCCCCAGCGCGUAGGUCGCAUGUAGGUCGCAUGUAGAUCACGCAUAAUUUUCGCAAAACAUAGAGAAAUAAGCAUGUCACUGGUGCGUCAUUGGCGCACAACUCGGGGCGUCACUGACGCAAGGACAGAUGUCAAUUGUGAUUUGGACUGUAGGUACAUAUCAUUUGUCUGUGUAUCGCUAGGCUAUUCGAUGGAAAACAAAAAUGUAGAAUAUAUAGGUUGAAUUAUGCCAUUCUUCUAACGGUUUGAUCUGUGGUCCAUGUACAGACCCUGUACAAAUAAAAAUACUAUUUUGAGGAGCGUA